CCGCUCCCGGCCCCGCUCCGCCCCGGAGUCGGAUGGCGGCGGCCGCGCGGAGGAAGCCGGCUCAGGACAGUAUGACCCUUGGAGACGUUGCCAUGUACUUCUGAGACAAAUGGAGGCUCCUUGAUGAAGCUCAGAGGCACUUGUACCUCGAUGUGAUGCUGGAGAACUUGGCACUCAUAUCCUCGCUGGGAUUUCUUUGUGUACAGGUUGCAGCUGCGGAGCAGAGGACGUAGAGGCCAUCUUUCAACAAAGCAUUUUGAGGUGUGUCACCAGCCACGACUCCUACUAUAGCUUUGUCUUCUCCAAAGACUCACCCCUGUGAGACGGGUGGUCCAGUCUUGUGAGACAUUUUCCACUUGGCUGAGCAGUUGGGAACACAACACAGCCUGAAACUGUUGAAGUGUGGCGCCUGUGUGAAGCGAUUUUAUUUCAGUGCAAACUUGCAACAGCACCAGGAGCAGCACAUGGGAGAGAAACCCUUCAGAAGCAGCAUGGACAGGGACUCGUUUGUAAAGAGCUGCAGAUUCCAUAUGUCAGGGAACCCCUUUCCCUGGGGGGAGGUUGAGGAGGACUUCCUCGCCAGCAUUGGACAUCUCCAACAACAGGCCACUCACACCAGGGAGAAGCCAAAGGAACUCGCCCAGUGCGAGGCCACUUUACCAAGCAGAAGUCAUUACACCUGGGGAGAAUACAAUAAAGCCUUCAGCCCUAAAGGCACGCUUAUUCAAUUCCAGGGUGUUCACAGUGGAAGACAGUGUUUUGUGUGCCAUGAGUGUGGGAGAACAUUCAGGUACAAAUCCUCAUUUGUUGUGCACCAGAGAGUCCACACAGGAGAAAGGCUUCAUGUGUGUCAAGAAUGUGGCAAAUCUUUUAGGCAAAGCUCAACCCUGAAUCAGCAUCGAAGAAUUCAUGCUGGGACAAGGCUGUGCAAAUGCAGCAAAUGUGGAAAAUCGUUAAGCCACCAAUCUGUCCUCAUUCAUCCCCAGAGAGGGCACAGUGGAGAAAACAGCUAUCUGUGCAGUGAUUGUGCAAAAUCUUUUAGCCGUAGGUUGGUGUUCAUUCAACACAGGAGAGUUCAAAUUGGAGGGAGGCCUUAUAAAUGUAGUGACUGUGUGAAAUCUUUUACCUCUAGCUCUGCCCUCAAUUAUCAUCGGAGAUCUCACAAAGGAGAUAGGCCUUAUGAGUGUGGUGAUUGUGGAAAAUAUUUUUUCUCUAGGUCUGUCCUCUGUUAUCAUCAGAGACUUCAUUCUGGAGAAAGGCCUCACAAGUGCAGUGAAUGUGGGAAAUGUUUUAUCUUUAGUUCCCAACUCCAUUAUCAUCAGAGAGUUCACAGUGGGGAAAGGCCUUUUGAGUGUAGUGAAUGUGGGAAGUCCUUUACUCGAAGAAAUCACCUCAUUCUACACCUAAGAGUUCACUCAGGAGAAAGGCCUUAUGAGAGCACUGAAUAUGGGAAAUCUUUUACAUGUACCUCCACCCUCCAGUUUCAUCAGCGAGGUCACCUUGGAGAAACAACUUAUAAGUAUAGUGACUGUGCAAAAUCUUGUACCUCUAGCUCUGCCCUCAGUUAUCAUUGGAGAUCUCACACAGGAGAAAGACCAUAUGAGUGCGCUAAAUGUAGGAAAUCCUUUAAGGAUAGAAGCCAAUUCAAUCAACACCAGAGAGCUCACACUGGAGAACGGCCUUAUGUGUGCACAGAAUGUGGGAAAUCCUUUAUUCAAAGAAAUUGUCUCAUUUCACACCAGAGAGUUCACACAGGAGAAAGACCUUACAAAUGCAAGAAAUGUAGGAAGUCUUUUACCUCUAGCUCCAGCCUUCGUUAUCAUCAGAGUACUCACACAGGAGAAAGACCUUAUAAAUGCAGCGAAUGUGGGAAAUCUUUUACCAUGAGCUCUGUCCUCCGUUAUCAUCAGAGGAUUCAUAGUGGAGAAAGGCCUUAUGAGUGCAGUGAAUGUGGGAAAUGUUUUAUCUUUAGCUCCCAACUGCGUUAUCAUCAGAGAGUUCACACUAGAGAAAAGCCUUACAAGUGUAGUGAAUGUGGGAAAUCUUUUAAGAAUAGGUGGAAGUUCAUUAUACACCACAGAGUUCACACUGGAGAAAGGCCUUAUGUGUGCAGUGAAUGUGGGAAGUCCUUUACCCAAGGAAAUCUCCUCACUAUACAUCUAAGAGUUCAUUCUGGAGAAAGGCCUUAUGAGUGCAGUGAAUGUGGGAAGUCCUUUACUCAAAGAAGUCACCUCACUAUACAUCUAAGAGUUCAUUCUGGAGAAAGACCUUAUGAGUGCAGUGAAUGUGGGAAAUCCUUUAUCCAAAAAAAGAAUCUCAUUUUACAUCAGAGAGGUCACACAGGAGAAAGGCCUUAUGAGUGCAAUGAAUGUGGGAAAUCUUUUAUCCAAAGAAAGAACCUCAUUUUACAUCAGAGAGGUCACAGAGGAGAAAGGCCUUAUGAGUGCAAUGAAUGUGGGAAAUCUUUUACCUCUAGCUCAGGCUUCCAUUAUCAUAACAGAGUUCACACAGGAGAACGGCCUUAUGAGUGCAACGAAUGUGGGAAAUCUUUCACCUCUAGCUCGGGCCUCUAUUAUCAUUACAGAGUUCACUCAGGAGAAAGACCUUUUGAGUGCAGUGAAUGUGGGAAGUCUUUUACUUCUAGCUCGGGUCUCCAUUAUCAUCAGCGAGUUCACACAGGAGAAAGGCCUUAUGAGUGCAGUGAGUGUGGGAAAUCUUUUACCUCUAGCUCUGGCCUCUGUUACCAUCAGCGAGUUCACUCAGGAGAAAGGCCUUAUGAGUGCAGUGAAUGUGGGAAAUCUUUUACCUCUAGCUCGGGCCUCCGUUACCAUCAGAGAGUUCACACAGGAGAAAGGCCUUAUGAGUGCACCGAAUGUGGGAAAUCUUUCACCUCUAUCUCGGGCCUCUGUUAUCAUCACAAAGUUCACUCAGGAGAAAGGCCUUAUGAGUAAUACAAAUGUGGAAAUCAUUUAUCACUAGUCCUAGACUCCAUUGUCAUCAGAGAGGUGACAUAGAGAAAGGUCUUGUGAGAGCAAUGAACAUGGGAAAUCUUUUAUGGGAAAAUCUACCUUCAACAUCAGAGAGUUCAAAUUAGAGAAAGACAUAGAUGUGCAAGGGAUGUGCAAUUCCCUGGUUUGGUGUAAGGACACCAGAGGAAACUGAGAAGCCAUUUGUCUGAAUUGAAUCUCAUACAUCUGGACAUGCACAGUGGGGAGUGUCCCCGUAACUUAUGGGAAGCAUGUGUGGUAUGUUGCCUUUUCCAGGCUGUCUAGGACUCUUGCCACAUUUAUGUCACUGCUGAUUUCUGCAGCCAAAGCCCUUUCACCUCUACCACCUGGCAGGUCCACAGUGUGCAUCAGUUACCACCCCAGUAUGCUCAGGAAAGCUGACCUCUGUUUUCUCGUGUAUUGGAGCAGAUUAGGAAUAAGCUGAGCCCUUAGGUCAGCUUUCGUCCUUGACUACGUUGGACAUGGACCUGUGUCAGUAUUGACUCGGGAUAUUAUAUGGGUUUGGCUGGCAGCUUUUCACAAAGAACGACAUUUUCCAGGACAUUUUGGCCUCACGUGAUACUUGUGGUGAGUUUUUCCAGCUUCCUAGUCAUGAGCUGGAGAAUUGCCUUGUCUUGUACAAUAAUGAAGGCAUUACUGUUUAAGUUCUCUUUUAAUUUUGGGUGUUCUAUCACUGUGUGGGGUAGUUUAUAAACAGAUUUGGGCUCUACAAGCAUGAAGGGAAAACACUUUUUAAGGGUCCCAAACUUUCUGUGCCUGAGGAGAGACAGUAUGAUGACAGAAAAUAAUUAGGCAGUUUUCACUAAAUUUGUGAAUUGCCACCUAUAGCCUCCUAGGAAAGACUGCAGGGCUUUCUGGUCCUCAUUUGAGACCUAGAUACUAUGUGUUUCCAGAGUCUCAGUGAUGGCCUUGAGGAGACGGCUGGUGUGAGAAUUUCAAGUGCAUCUGAGAGCACCAUGAAUUUUUUCCUUCCUCACAGGAGGUUUCACAGGAGACAACAGCACUGUGGAGGGGAUAUCUUCCCCAGAUCUACAAAUAGCCAUGUGCCCUGAUGUCCACAGUUCAAUGGGUGAGGGUCACUGGUUGUAAGACCAUUGGGUCCAGGGGAAACCAUAGUUGAUAGAGAAACGCUGGCUUAACAGGGAGUGGAGGAGACUGCAGCCAGCUAGAUGGAAUUUGCCUCUUCUAGAAGUGCGUCCAGAAAUGGUUCUGUGACAGUGACUGUGCAGGCUCAGUUUGUACACAAAUCUCAGCACCGCCAGUCAUGUUUAUCUUGUGUAGCUGAUGUCAUUGUCAUAAAAAAUAAAUGCUUUUGGGGCCGGCCCAGUGGCACAAGCGGUUAAGUGCACGUGCUCCGCUGCGGCGGCCUGGGGUUUGCUGGUUUGGAUCCUGGGCGUGCACCGACACAUCGCUUGUCAAGCGAUGCUGUGGCGGUGUCCCGUAUAAAGUGGAGGAAGAUAGGCAUGGAUGUUAGCCCAGGGCCAGUCUUCCUCAGCAAAAAGAGGAGGAUUGGCAGAUGUUAGCUCAGGGCUGAUCUUCCUCAUAAAAAAUAAAAUAAAAAAAAUAAAAACUUGUGUGGAUUUCUGUAGUCUCCAGUAUUGUUUACCUCAGGGCCAUUACUGCACAGGCAGGAAAGAACAAUGGGGAUUCAUAGUCCAUGGAUGUGGCUCUUGUGACCCAGGCAGCAUUCCUGUUGACUCAGGUGGACAUCUCCUUCAUUGCUCCCCGUAUUUGUUGUCACUGAGGGAAGAAUGACCCCCCGGGGGCAUGAGGAGACAAAUGGUGGAGUCGAUAAAGGGUUGCCAAAUCUAUUUUCCAAAAAGAGUGGGACAUAGUUUUUUUUUUCUCUUGAACCAAUUUUUAAAGCGUUAUUAAGGUAUAAUUUACAUGUACUAAACUACGUGUAUGUAAAGUGUACAAUUUUAUAACUUGACAUGUAUGAACUUCUGAAACUAUCAUUAUAGUCCUGAGAAUGACCUUACCUGUCUUGGUAUAUUUGCCUCACAUCCCAUCAUCAUCUCUCCUUGCUCUUCUGACCUAUCCAGCUAACCAUUCAUUUACUUUCCUUUACAAAGAUACCUUUGCAUUUUCUUGAAUUUGUAUGAGUGGAAGCAUAAGCUGUUUAGUGUAUUUUUUUUUUUUUUUUUUUUUUACUGAUUUCCUUAAUGUUUCAUAAUUAGACAUUUACCAAUGAUAUAUGAGUAGAUCAUCCUUUUUUCCUGAGUAAUAGUCUUAUCUUUGGAUAUGCCACUGUUCAUCUUUUUAUGGUCAUGUAGCUUAUUUCUAAAUUUUAACUAUUCAAAAUAAAGGUGUUGCAAACAUUGGCCUCA